UUUCCUAAAAAAGGAAUUUUUAUAAUAUAUAAUUUUUUAAAAAUUUUUAGUUCAAAUGCAUCUCUUCAUAUGAUACCAACGAAGGAGGCAAAGGGCUUCAUUAGAGGGCGCGAUGGCGCUACAUCCUUUCAAAGUUCCAGUCACCGCCCUUUACGGUUACCGCACCCUUUCUCUUCCUCAUCUCUCCAACCCUUGGAAUGCUCAUCCAUGGAUCCCGCUGCCGCUCCUCACCGCCGACCUCGCCGCGCGGCCGCCUCCAAAACCCGCAACUACUCCGAGGACCUCGUCGAUGACCUGCUCCUCGGCCAACUCGGUCCCGUGCGGAAGCGCCAGAGAAACGCUGCGGAUCAUCAGCGUGAGACCGAGACUGAGGCUAUGAUUGCGCUCUCUCUUGGUUUCCCUAUCGAUGCUCUUCUCGACUCUGAACUCCGCUCCGAUGUGCUCCCCCGCCCGGAUGACCAGAACGCUUACAUCGUUAUCCGCAACCACAUCCUCGCCCGGUGGCGUUCCUCUGUUCGCUCGUUUCUCUCCGUUGACAACGUCCGUGAGACGGUGGAGCAGCGUUGCGCGCCUCUCAUCGCCUCUGCUUAUCGUUUCCUCUCUGAGAACGGGUAUAUCAACUUCGGCGUGUCCCCUGCCCUCCGGCCCCGGUUGUCCGAUGACCACGAGGGUGGGUCUGUCAUCAUUAUUGGGGCGGGUCUUGCAGGGCUUGCCGCUGCUCGGCAGCUUCUAGGGUUUGGGUUUAGAGUUUUGGUUCUUGAAGGUCGUGAUCGGCCGGGAGGUAGGGUUUACACGGCGAAAAUGGGGGAGACUGGGUCUGCUGUGGCUGUUGAUCUCGGCGGCAGUGUCAUCACUGGGAUCCAUGCGAACCCGCUUGGGGUUCUUGCGAGGCAGCUUGGAAUCCCUCUUCACAAGAUCAGAGAAAAGUGUCCCCUUUUCCGGCCAGAUGGAGGUAGUGUCGAUGAGAAGUUGGACCAGGAGAUGGAUUUGGUAUUCAAUAAGCUUCUUGAGAACGCCAGUAAGAUCAGGGAGUUGUUGGGAGAGUUUGUGCAAGGGGUCUCACUUGGCUCUGCCGUUGAGAAGUUGCGGAAGCUGUAUAAUGUGGCCAUAAGCCGCAACGAAAGGGAGCUUCUUGAUUGGCAUCUUGCAAACUUGGAGUAUGCCAAUGCAGGUUGCCUUUCAGAGCUCUCACUGUUGCAUUGGGACCAGGAUGACCCCUAUGAAAUGGGUGGUGACCAUUGCUUCCUCGCUGGAGGGAAUUGGAAAUUGAUCAAUGCACUCUGUGAGGAUGUGCCGGUUCUUUAUCAGAAGACUGUUAGGAGGAUCAGCUAUGGUGAGUCUGGUGUGGAGGUUGUGGUUGAAGGUGGGCAGGAGUUUCGGGCUGAUAUGGUGCUCUGCACUGUGCCUUUGGGAGUCUUGAAGAGCUCUAGCAUUGUUUUUGAUCCACCAUUGCCUGAUAGGAAGCUUGAGGCUAUUGAGAGGCUCGGAUUUGGAUUGUUAAAUAAGGUUGCGAUGGUCUUUCCUUCUGCCUUUUGGGGAGAUGAUCUUGAUACAUUUGGUUGUCUUAACAAGGAGAGAAGCAAGAGAGGGGAAUUUUUCCUUUUUUAUGGGUAUCAAGCUGUGUCUGGAGGUGCUGUCCUCAUUGCAUUGGUGGCUGGAGAAGCUGCAUUAGAAUUUGAGCACACUGAUCCUGUUGUCAUGCUCCAUAGAGUCCUGGCUGUUCUUCGAGCAAUUGCCAAGCGGAGAAAUAUUGUCGUGCCUGACCCUAUCCAAACCAUUUGUACUAGAUGGGGAAGUGAUCCACUUUGUCAUGGCUCGUAUUCUCAUGUCAGGGUAGGCUCUUCAGGUGAUGAUUAUGAUAUUCUUGCUGAAAAUGUAAAUGAGCGGCUAUUUUUUGCCGGAGAGGCCACAACUAGGCAAUACCCAGCGACAAUGCAUGGUGCUUUUUUGAGUGGCUUAAGAGAAGCAGCUUGCAUUUUUCAUGCCUCAAGGAGUAGGAUGUUUGUGAAUGAGGAUGCUAAAGCAUGCUCUCAGAAGAACUUGAAAUUAUGCGGAGACCUUCUUGCGGAGCUAUUUAGGGAUCCUGAUUUAGCAUUUGGAAACUUCUCUUUUGUGUUUGAUUCAUUAUCAAUGGAGAAUCCAAAAGCAAUGGGGCUAAUGAAGGUUACCUUGAACGACCGCAUGAAGAAUUGUUCAGGAAAUGGCUUAGCGGAGAAAAAUCAAUCCACUGAUCGAGAAUUGGAAACUUUGCAACUGUAUGCUAUUUUGUCUCUAGAGCAAGCAUGCCAAAUGCAGACGAUGAGUGAGGAUGACAAAAGCAGAUUAUCAUUGGCAUGCAAAAAGUUCGAUUUAAAGCUUAUGGGAUUUAGCAGCACAUGUGCUGUAGGUAACUCUUUAAUCACUAGCAUUUCCAAUGGACGGAAAGGUAGAAAUAGGCACCGGCAGUCUGGGCUAAAAAACCAUGGUCUUAAAAAUGUACCCAUCCAAAAUGGUUCUUCAUUUGUGCCUACUAACUCUCUUGUAAAACCAUGAUCCUUAGGCAUUGAGUGUUUGACUAACUUCGUAAUUCAUGAUAAGCAUCUCAUAGAUCCAUUCCUUGUUUUUUUCCGUCUGUUAAUUUUUAGGUUAGUGCAGAAAAUUCCAAUUUUGGAACCAAUAAGGACUAGCAUAGUUUCGGCAUGCACAUCAGAAUAUUCCUGUCGAUGUUCAUGUGUAAAUACAUUUGCUAUUAAUAGCAAUGAUGUUAAUGUUC